AUGGGCAGCAAUGGUUCGCGUGACGUCCCCAAAGAAAAUCAAGAAGGGCAGGCAGCUCCUACCACACCUGCACCAGCUGUUCCUUAUUCGCCGGCUCCUAGUCCUGGUACUAGAAGAUCAAGAGCCGGAUUCUCUGACUCAUUUUCAACCCAUGAUUUGAAUUCAUUGAAUUUGGAAGAGACAGUCAUAGAUGACUGUUCUCCUCGACAAUUUCAAGUGAAUGACUGCCCAACAAUCUUGGAAUCUGAAGCGUCAUCUCCCAAGGCAAGCACUUCAGAGUUGGAUGGAAGAGGCGGUGUUUCAGACUUGGAAGGAAAACUCAACAGCCCCUUUCGUGGUUUCUUCAGAAUGUUGAGAAAAGGACCCCAAACCUUCCCUCAGAUGAAGAAUGCUGCAAAACCAAAACUCACAAGACGGAAAAGUAAACGAAUAAGAGAAGACUUCAUUCCACAACUCAACACUCCCGGUCUGAGGCCUAGUUUGGAUACUGAACUGCACUGCUUCAAAUCUUCCUGGAAGAAUUACUCACUCUCAGAGCUAGAAGCUGCAACCAACAAAUUUGACAUUGAAAACUUGAUUGGGGAGGGAGGCUAUGCUGAAGUUUACAAGGGAACAUUGGAAGAUGGACAAUUUGUUGCAAUCAAACGUCUGAUUAGAGGUAACCCAGAAGAAAUGACAGCAGACUUCUUAUCUGAGCUUGGUGUUAUAGUUCAUGUUGACCACCCCAACAUAGCAAAAGUGAUUGGGUAUGGGGUUGAAGGAGGGAUGCACCUUGUUCUUGAUUUGUCUCCUCAUGGGAGCCUUUCAUCUAUACUUUAUGGACCAAGAGAGAUACUAAAUUGGGGCAUCAGAUAUAAAGUAGCUUUAGGGACUGCUAAGGGCCUUGUGUAUCUUCAUGAGGGGUGCCAGAGAAGAAUUAUCCACAAAGAUAUUAAGGCUUCUAAUAUAUUGCUUGCAGAGGAUUUUGAGCCUCAGAUAUCUGAUUUUGGGCUUGCAAAGUGGCUACCAGAUCAAUGGACUCACCACAUUGUAUCAAAAUUUGAAGGCACAUUUGGCUACCUUCCCCCUGAGUUCUUCAUGCAUGGCAUAGUAGAUGAAAAAACUGAUGUCUACGCAUACGGAGUACUUAUAUUAGAGCUCAUCACUGGCCGGCAAGCUUUGGAUAGCUCACAUAAAAGCCUUGUCAUGUGGGCCAAACCUUUGCUCAUGAAAAAUAAUAUCAAAGAGCUAGCUGAUCCAAGCCUUGCUGAUGGCUAUGAUGUGGAACAAAUGAAAUGUCUUGCCUCAAUAGCUUCGUUGUGUGUACAGCAGUCUUCAGUGAAUCGACCACAAAUGAGACAGAUUGUCCAGAUAUUAGAAGGUGAUCAAGAGAGUUUGGAUCUUGUAAAGAAACGGCAAAAGUCUAAAAAACUCCAGAGGACAUAUUCUGAGGAGCUCUUAGAUGCAGAUGAGUACAACUCCACCAAGUAUUUAACUGAUAUGGAUAAGCAUCUGGAAUUUAUUUUAGGCCCCAGUACUGAGGUGUGA